AUGGACAUGCUAUCUACUUGUGGUUUUAUGUCUGGUGAGAUUAUACUGCAACCUAUGAUAGCUGAGGCCAGUCUAAAGACCCGAAAGGAACAAGUUGGCUUUCAUACAAAAGUACCUCGAAAUGUGAAUUUGGAGAAAUUGCGGAAUGGAUAUUUGUUUCCGGAGAUUUCAAGACACGAGCUUCAACACAUUGAGAAGUACCCGAAUGCAAAGUUGAUAAGCCUUGGGGUUGGUGACACGACGAAACCAAUACCACAGAUCAUAGCAUCACACAUGGCCAAUUAUGCAUUUGGCCUCUCAACGGAUAUUGGUUAUAAGGGAUAUGGACCUGAGCAAGGGAACAAGGCAUUAAGGAAGGCAAUUGCUGAAGUAUUUUACAAAAAUGAGCUGGUAAAAGACACAGAAGUUUUCAUAUCGGACGGAGCGCAGUGUGAUAUCACUCGCCUUCAGUUACUUCUUGGUUCGAAUGUGACGAUAGCCGUUCAGGAUCCCUCCUUUCCGGCUUACAUAGAUUCAAGUGUCAUAAUCGGUCAGGCUGGUCAUUUUGAAGAUAAUGCUAAGAAGUAUCAGAGCAUUGAGUACAUGAACUGUGGGCCUCAAAACAAUUUCUUUCCUGACUUGUCAACAACUUCAAGGGCAGAUGUUAUCUUCUUUUGCUCUCCAAACAAUCCAACUGGUCAUGCAGCUACAAGGAAACAGUUAGAGGAACUUGUAGAAUUUGCAAGAGACAAUGGCUCAAUUAUUGUUUUUGAUUCCGCUUAUGCAACUUAUAUCAAGGAUGAUAGGCCUCGUUCGAUUUUUGAAAUUCCUGGUGCCAGAGAGGUGGCAAUCGAAGUAUCAUCCUUCUCCAAAUUUGCUGGCUUCACAGGCAUCCGUCUUGGUUGGACCGUCGUCCCCGAGGAACUCUUGUAUUCCAAUGGCUUUCCUGUCAUACAUGACUUCAAUCGCAUUGUGUGCACUUCCUUUAAUGGAGCAUCCAGUAUAGCUCAAGCUGGCGGGCUGGCUUGCCUUUCUUUUGAAGGUUUUGCGGCUGUGCAAUCGGUGCUCGACUACUACAUGGAGAAUGCGAAGAUAUUGGUCGAGACUUUCGCUUCGCUCGGUCUAAAGGCGUACGGGGGUAGAAACGCCCCCUACAUUUGGGUGCAUUUUCCAGGCUCAAAAUCCUGGGAAGUCUUCUCCAAGAUUCUUGAGAAGGCGCACAUAAUUACAGUUCCGGGGAGUGGAUUUGGUCCAGGUGGUGAGGAGUACAUAAGGGUUAGUGCAUUUGGCCAUAGAGAUGCUAUCCUUGAGGCCUCAAGGAGGCUGAAAAUCCUUUUCUCUUAAGAAAAAAGACUUUCUUUGUCAUUUGCUCAGCUGUUGGAAAAACAGCUAAAAAGAAUAUGGCUUGAAAAGGCUAAAGCAUAUUUGGCAUGUAAUAAG